ACUUUCCCUUGCAUUACAAGCAAAGUUCCUAUCUAAAACACUAGCCAUUCCUACUUUAUACUUUCUCCUUUCAUUCACAAUAGCUGGUAAUAAUAUUCAACAAUGGGAAUCUGUUUCGGGAAGCGGAAGAAAUCGACUGCGGAGAUAGUGCCGCAAAACCAGCCGACAACAACCGUCCGAUUGUACGGUUCCCCUAGAAGCACCGCCUACAUCCGAGUCGCCCUCAAAUACAAGGCGGCAGCCGUCUCGCUCCGCUGCGUGGUCGCCGACACAUGCGGCGGUGACGACCACAACGCGAAUGAAAAUUUGGUUGCAGCCGUGGAGGUGGCCGGUUCAUCAUCACCCCAGACGGAGAGGGUUUCAGGGCCUCCCAGCACUCUGCUGCAGUUCAUAGACACCAGAUUCCCACACCCGCCGCUUCUUCUUCAAAUCGGCUCCGCCGAAACGACGUCGUUAGUGGCGGCGGUGGUUAAGCUGACUGAGCUGCAACAUAGGAGCAUGACGUGGCACUUGGAGAGGUUGGUGAGGUGGACGACGGAUCUGGUGACACGUCAGAAUAAACGCGGAGGAAGAGGAGGAGAGAUUGAUCCGACGGUGGGGACUGCGCGGAUGGAGGUGAGGAAGUUGGGGAGGAGCUACACCCAGCUGUUGGAGCUGAUGUUGGAACACGCUCAGAUGGAGGAGAGGCUCCUCUUCCCUAUCUUCAACUUCGCUGAUCCAAGAAUAUGUAAAGCUGCAAAUGAGGAACAUGCAAGGGACCUACCCAUCAUGAAUGGCAUCAAAGAAGAUAUCAAAUCCAUUGAGGUUAUAGACAAUGGGAGCCCUGCCUACCAAGAAGCUCUUUCCAACUUUUCUAAGCGCCUUAAAUCAUUACAGGAGCGUUACAGACAACACUUUCAGGAGGAGGAGAGAGAAUUAUUACCCUAUAUGGAGGCAGCUGAGCUGAACAAAGAGCAGCAACAAAGAUUAUUGGACGAGUGUGUGGAUGUGAUGCAAGAAUCACACUCACAUAAUUUGUUCAUCUUUCUUCUUCAAGGGCUUCUCCCUCAUGAAGCCAUGCGCUACUUGGACUUGAUCUCCAUGUGCAGCAACAAAGAACGGACAGCUUCUAUGCUUCAAAUGAUAAUUGAGCAUAGAAGUGAUCGAACCUCGAAGAUUGAAGCAAUAGAAGACUCAAAAUUUGAGUCCGAAUACAAAGAAAUCAACGGAGCUAUGGAGCUGCGAAGUGGGGCCAGUUCGUGGGCUGGAGCGGUACCCACUGCCCCGUGGCUGUGAGAUGGAACCGUGGUCUCAGCGGUGGUGUGCCGCGGUUGGUUCAACGUCGGGCCAUUGUGGUGGCCUAAGCCCAUCGCGGAUUGCGUGGUCGUGUCAAUCCUGCUUCUCGUGCGCUUGCUUCCAACCAUGAUUGUUCAGAAGGCUUUGGUUGAGUGAUGAAUGGAAGGAAAUGGAUUCCUUAUAUUUGAGAGCAGCGCUUUGAUUAUAUUUCGUUGCUCUCAAUGAAAGCACCAAAAUGUUUGUGCAAAUAUUUACACUGGGGAUUAUUCGCGGAUUGAUUCCUUCACACUUUGAACUUCCUUCUUCUUCUUCUUCUUCCUCCCUUCCUGUAAAAUAAACUGAGUCAACGGACCACACCUAGGGGGUGUUGGCUAAAGGCCCUUUGAUGCCCAACUCA